CAUCAAGAAAAAUGAGUGUUGAUGACGAUCAGACGGCAGGUAAUCAAUUCGUUAACUCAAUCUACAAUCUAACUACACUAUAGAAAUGUUACAUUGGUUGUUGUUUUUUUAAUUAAGACAAUUUCAAGCAAUUCCAAACGAAUUUUGGAAGAUCUUAGCCAUAAAUUGAUGUUUCAGCAUUUAAUAGGGAACACGAAACUUAUACCUGAAAUUCGGUGUUUUAUUAUCAACAAAUUGUUUGUGAAGUUUAAAAUUAUUUUCCACAUGGCAAAAGUCAUUGAAAAUUCUCUGGUGAAACGGCACAUGGUGAUAACAAGCAGAUUAUCAAAAUCCUCACAAACUCUAUCUGGUCAUUGAAGCUUGGGCAUUGCCCAUGGCACACCUGGUUUAAGAUGUCUUUAAAGCAGAUAUUAAUAUUUUAAUUACUUAUUUAGCUCCUUUGUGUUUCAUUCUUCGUUGAUCAAUUACAAAAUCAAAUUAUAUAAGAAAAUGUCAAAGUUAUGCAAUAAAGAUCUAAAGGUCAAGGCUACAGAUGCGUAUUGAAAUGAUUACAUGGUAUGUCUGUUCAUCACUGCAGACCAGCUGGACCAAUCAGAAGCCUCUGAUAACUAUAUGACGUACACCAAUGACGUGGUGCUGCCUGUUGACACACUUAUAGAAGUCACACGUUUACAAGAGUUCUUGAGGUCACAUGACAACAGUUAUUUUGAAGAGCAAUUUAAGGUGACAAAUAUAGAUGAGUAGAAUAAACCACACGACUUUGUCUCUCUCGUUCUCUCCCUGCUUCUUCUUUCUCUCUAUAUCAAUGUUUCAUUUUGCCUAUCUCUUCCUUUCUCUUUCUGUCUAUAUCGAUGUCUCUUUCUGUCUCUCUUUCUUUCUAUAUUUUUUUUCUAUUUUCUUCUCCCUUUAACGCGCUGAGUUUUUCUUUCUCUCAUUUUUUUCUUUCUGUCUCUCUCUCUCUCUCUCUCUUUCUCUGUAUUUUUACUAACACUUCCCUAUCUUAUUUUCUCUAUAUAUGUGUCUUCCUUUCUCGCUCUCUCUCUCUGAUUAUCUCUCUCUUAGUUAAUAUAUCUUUAUCUCCAACUUUUUAUCUCUAUCUCUUUCUCUCUUUCUCACUCUCUCUCUUUCUGUCUUUCUGACUUUCUCUGCCCAAUUCUACUUUCUCUCUCUGUCUCUUCCUCUCUCUCCAUUUUCGGUAUCAUUCUCCCUUUAUCUCUUUCUCUCAAUUUUUUGUCUCUCUCUCUCUCUCUCUCUCUCUCUUUAGAGCAUUAUAUUAUUUAGCAGAUUCAGUAAAUUUUUAGAUUCAUAAUAACACCAUAAGAGAUAUUCACUUUAGACACAAACCACGCAAGAUACUUUAGAGAUAUUACCAAAAAAACUUUGACAGACCAUUAUAAUAUAUUUUAUGCUUCGGAAAAAGACCAACAUUCAAAAUAAGGAAAUUAAUAAAAUGCAAGACAGCAGCUAAACAGUUAAAACUGUAUCAAUUGAUUUAUUUUACUAAAUAGUAAACAAACAUAUCAGUAAUAAGACAAUCAAUAUUUCCUCAUAUCUUCGGUGUCCUCUUCAGUUCUCCAAAAAAUCACUACAUCAGAUAUUACCAAUCGACUUAAAUACAAAUACUUUUCUGACAUAGUGAAGCUAUCCCACGGGCUGAUGUAUAACGUUCUCUCUUUUUACAUUUUCCAAAAUAGAUUAUCCCACGUCCAAUCAACGUCACUCAGCAUGUUGGCCUCAGCAUUGAGAACAUUCAGAAGAAUCGCUAUAAAGAUAUCUGCACCUGUAAGUCUGUCACGAUUUUUAUUUUUUUUUGUAAACAUACUAAUACACCGUUUAGAUCAUGAAAAUAAAACGACCCAAUAUCUAGAUCAGUUAUUAUUUAGGUAUUCUAGAUGCACUAGUUUUAAUUAUAAUCGUAUGUUACGCAUUGCCUUCUAUUGUUGGAAAAUUAAUCUCUUAUUGGCUCGUUCAAACAGUGCAUAACAAAAGACGACACCAUAAAGAAAUACAAUAGCAAAAAUACGACACCCUAAAGAGUUGCUAAUUGCAAUUAAUUAGAUUUAUUUAAGUAUUGUAUGAUUACUAAACAAAAGAAAUAUAAUCACAAUCAUCAACUUAAAGAACAUGGUAGAUCGUGUACCGGUACACAGUUAGUACAAUGUUCCAAUUAAUAAUGUACAAUGAUGAAUGAGAAUAAACGCAUAUGAGUACACAAAGAAUAAUACACCUGUCUCGUGAAGUUAAAAAUAGCUAUCUGAAUCUCUCUCCGCCUCCGUUAUUGCCCUCUUUGCUUUUAUAAACGGUUCUACCGAAAAACCUAGGCGUAUUCCGGAUUUUACUAGUAACUAGAAAAUUCCACAAAUGACUAUAAUUUUCGAACACCUUCAAGUAUACAAGAAACAGGUGAUAGAUCAAAGAGAUUAAACCACGCCCACGACGAACGCAGCCUAAUUUUGGGGUGAACCAGAGUUCACGGCACGGGGAAAGUGUGACGUAAACAUGUCCUACAUAACACAUCAUUUAAAUGAUUCAUUUAGUAUAGAACUGUUAGAUUAGCGGUGUUCAACCUGUGUGUCGCGACCGCUUUUGACCCGUACACAGGGGUAGCUAAGACCAUCAGAAAACAUGUGUCUAUGAAGAGCAACGAAAAUAAUUUUGUGGUUUGGGUGUCACUACAACAUUAGGAACUGUAUUAUAGGGUCGCGGUAUUAGGAAGAUUGAAGACCACUGUGUUAGAUGAUAAGGGAGCGGGGAAAUGUAUGGGAAAUGGUGUGGAGCAACAUUUAAAAUUCAAUAUUUAUAUAUAAGUUAAUACCCUCUGAAAAUAAAAACAAAAACAUACAUUAAUAAAUUAAAUAUGUAAAUUUUUUUUAAAGACGACCAUUCCAGAGUUCUCCUGGAAAUAAAUACACAUAACAAUGAAGGGGACUACAUAAAUGCAUCUUUUAUUGAGGUGAGAAGCCUUGUAUCUGUUUUAGUAAUCAUUAUUACUUUUCAUCCAAGUGGUUCUCAAAAUAGGUGCGUCGACCGUUUAGUUUGGAAUUAAAUACCAGGUGGUCUGUUAGAGAAUUUAAAUUCCACUUAUCAAAAUUAUUUAAGGAUGAGAGAUGGCAAAUAAAGCUCAAAGAAUUAUAGUGCGUUGUCGCCGUAUACUCCUUACAAGUAUCCCCUACUUAUAUACUUUUUUUGGAGAAGGUAUUCACAACUAACGUUGUUUUCUAAUAUGCUGGUUGUAUGUUUAAUUUUAGCUUAAAGUGAGAAGAAAAAAUAUCAAUAACGUUAUUAGCUUCAGAAUUGCAUCCAUUGACGAUAAAUUAUGGUUUGGUAUCGAAAUCAAAUUAAAAAUAAAAUUGAAACAAAAGUAGUGCACCUUGUCAACCAUCUUAAGCAAUUUCCUAAUUUUGAUCCAAAAAAAGACAAGUAACUACAUGUCUGUGUUUGCAAGUUGAAACAUCAAACUCAACACUACACAAACAGCCUCUAGUAAGGGUGUUGAGAGUUGCAUCUAUCUUGUAAGGGAACCACACUGGAACAUAUCGGUUAGCAGGUGUGAGAAUGUGUUCAAGAGUUCACCGGUAGUUAAGUGGCCACUAUCCAGACAGCCUAACUUAAAACAACUAGUUAUUGCCUGAUAUGACUGUCUAACAAAACCAAUGCUAGGUCGAAACGUAUCAAUCAAAACCAUUGUUAUACUAUAUUUAUUUAAGCUCACAGACAUUUUAAAUAAAUAUGUACUAAUAAUAAAUUACAACCGUUUAUAUAUAUUUUUCAUUCAAAUUAUUUUUCUUUUACUAUUUGAUGUAUUUGUGAAUUUCAGAAUUGAUAGCCUCACGUUUAAAAGAAAGUUUAUUGUAGUUUGUAUUUGUUUAAAGCUCAAAACUAAUACAAAUUAAAACUUUAUUUUAUGUAUUGUCAUUAGCACAAGUAUAUUGUUUCCUCAGGGUUACAAAAAUGACGAAAGAAUGAUAGCAUCUCAAGGUAAUUUUAUCGGAUACAAGAUGUAGUUAACAAUAAUUAACUAAUAUUACAGGUGUAUGUCAUAAGCUAUGUCAAGGAAAUACAAUAGAGUUUAUUUUGUGUGUUAACAUUUUAAUUUGUUUUUAAAGUUGAAUUUUUGUCGGAGAGUCUUUAUUCCAUUUUGAUAUCAACAGUCUGUUUUGUGUUAACCUAUUUUUAAAUCAUUUAUAUUAACGUCACCUUUAAGUGUUUGAGGAAAACUUUUCGAAUGGCUAAUGUUCAAACUUACGGUUAACCUACCGAGGUCAUACCUGGCAUACAUAUUUACUCGUUGCCCAUGACAAAAUAUCCUACAAAAUUAUCAUCCUCAAUCACCUUUUCCAAUUCAUAAGUUUUUGUCUCCGUUUUUUUUUAAAGGGAAGAUUAUAAUUAAAUAUGAUGCCACUAAUUUAAUGACAUAAAAUUUCCAAAAACUGUUCUAAAUCAUAUUCUUUUUGUAAUAAAUAACAACUGAGUUUAGUGUGAAAAAUAGUUUCAUUUGUCUUUUUCUAAAUUAAUUGGUAAUAUAAAUCUGCGAUGUGAAAGCGGGUGGGGCAUCACAAUAUUUAGUUAAAACGAAGUAAUAAAAAAUGCUUAUUAAGGAUUUAUAUGAAAAAAAAAAUAGUUUAAUGUUGUUUUUUUCCGUGAAGAUGUGUGUUUUCUGUACGCAAAGAGAGAUAAUUGUGUUUAUUUUAACACCAUGAGAAUCUUUCCGUUUCUCGCGUUGUUGUCUACCUUGUUUAAACGUUACAAGAAAUCGGGCGCUUAGCCUUUAGUCUGGACAUUAUAUUCUAAACGAGGUUUAGAACUAAUUAAUUGUAUUGUCAUUUAAAAAAAAAAAUGAAUUCUCUUGGCAAAAAUGUAUUUUAAUGCUCGUAAUAUAUCCUGUGUUCAUGUUUAGGUCCCAAAGCCUCCAUGGUAAAUGACUUUGUGCGCAUGUUGUGGGAGCAGAAGGUGGAGAAGUUGGUCAUGUUAACUAAUCUGACCGAAGAAGGAAAGGUAGAUAUUCUAUACUCUUUUUGUCUUGGUGAUUAAAGUAAGUAUAUUGUUAGUGACUUGAAUGCAUGGUGUGAUUGCGUGUUGGUUUGAGAUCAUGUGUGUUGUUUUAUCUGUUACUUUUAGUAUCUUGUGACGUAUUGUGUGAAAAGGGAUAUGACGUAUUAGUAUGGUAGAUGGUUGUGGAGUGUUGUUAUUUUGAGUACGGAAAUGGCAGUUGAGGACUUAGUUGGAUGAAUAAAGAUAUUUUAUACACGAAUUUAUAGUUGUGAAGUGUUUAUAAUAAACCCCUAGAUAACGAAGCCAACGAACCUAUUAACUAAGAAGAGGUUUGUAACAUCUAUCUUUUUUUUUCCUUUCUUUUUUUUUCCUUUGCUCUGUGGGUGGAGGGCUAAUAUCUUUUUUAUUUGCAUUGUUCUUUCGUUUUCUUGUGUUUUUGAUUAGCAGUGGGCUAUCCUUAUUUUUUUAUUGCCUUGUUGAUGAGCAGUGGGCUAUCCUUAUUUUUUUUAUUGCCUUGUUGAUUAGCAGUGGGCUAUCCUUAUGUUUUUUAUUGCCUUGUUGAUUAGCAGUAGGCUAUCCUUAUUUGUUUUAUUACCUUGUUGAUUAGCAGUGGGCUAUCCUUAUUUUUGUUAAAAAAUCACAAAUAAACGAAGUAAAACAUACAGUUUUUUUUUUAAUUGUCUCUAAAUACAAAGAAAAUAUAUUUAUACGUUUGUUAUCGUCCAAACGUGUACUCUGUUGAAGUAUGUUUUAUUGAUUUUUACAAUUUCUUUCUUUUUUUUUAAAAAUUUGUGUUGAAAAAUGUAAAAAAAAGACCUUGUCAUCUGUACAUUCGCUGCAUAUUAAAAUGCCCGCCCAUCGUUAUAUUGUAUGAUGUUUAAACACAACACCUUGCGUUUGUACAUCAAGGUGCAGCGAAAUUAAUGUAUUUGAAUGCCACGCCUUUACCUGCAGAUGAAAUGUGAAAGGUACUGGCCAGAAGAGGGCAGUCGCGAGUUUGGAAGUAUAACAAUCACAUUAACAACAACUCAAAUAUUUGCUGACUACACAAUUCGAAGACUGCAGCUCAUCAAAGUAGGCAAAGAAAUUUUUAAAAAAAUGUUAUUUAAAAUUAUGAAGUGAACUAAAAAUAAUACAUUGACUUUUGUUUAAAAUAGUUCUAAUGUGGAUAUUUGCAAAUAUUUUAUUUCUAUUUGUAUGAUUUGUAAGUCUCAUUAUCAAUGACAGAAUGGUCAAGGCUCACAACACAUCACACAGUAUCAUUUCACUUCAUGGCCAGACAAGGGGGUACCUCUAACACCAUGGGGGUUGGUCGACUUUGAACAAAGGGUUUUUGAUCAGCCGUCGAUACAACCGGUUGUAGUCCACUGUAGGUAAGAAAAGUUUCGUCCACUGUAGGUAAGAUAAAUGUAGUUCACUAUAGGUCAGACAAUUGUAGUCCGCUGUUGGUAAGACAACUGUAGCCCACUGUAGGUAAGACAAUUGUAGUCCACUGACGUAAAAUUAUUGUAGUCCAAUGUAGGUAAGACAAUUGUAGUCCACUGACGUAAAACUAUUGUAGUCCAAUGUAGAUAAGACAAUUGUAUUCCGCUGUAUGUAAGACAUUGUAGUUUGCUGUUUGUAAAAUUAUUUCAAGUUGAAUAAUAAGUUUUUAUUGCUAACAUUGACAUUACUAUACAACUUGUCGGUACUUUAUUAAUGUCUUGAUUUAUUUAACACUGGAAACCCUUAACAUUGUUUAAUGCAGUUCAACAAUUUACAUCUCAUUAUGCCUUCUUCUAAUAUCUUGUUUUAUGUGGUUUACCCUUUCUAAGCAUGUAUACUAUCUAUACAUGCAUCCAUCCUAUUUAUAUUAUUUAUGCUAACUUGUAGUAAGUUUUGGCAUAAAAAAUAUCAUUUAAAUUUGAUCUAAUUUUUACUAAACGCUGCUUAACAAAUAAUGAUAAUAAAUGAAGGAUUGCGUUCACGCUGUGUUAAGGGACUGGUAGAAAAAGUUAUUUUGAAGCUUGAAUUGAAAGACGAGACAGUAAGACUAGAACGCUGCGGCUAAGAGCCUCCUCGGCAGACAGAGGAAGUGUUCUAGCCAAUACGUUCUGAUCAUAUUGUCCUGUCUUUCGAUUCAAUCUCCCACAUAACUUGUUCUACUAGUUCCUUAAGACGUAGGUUCACAUCUUUCAUACAAAAGUUUGUGUAAUGAAAUUCAUUUUGGUUCGUUUUGAUAUUAACUUUCCUUACAUUUGUUACAAUCUUUGUUAUCGUCAUUGUUAUGGUCAUUGGUAUCAUCAUUGUUAUCAUCAUUUUUAUCAUUAUAAUAUCAUCAUUGUUAUCAUUAGUGCCGGAGUUGGUCGGACUGGGACGUUCAUAGCUUUGCGGAAUAUCAUGAGACAAGCCGAGGACACGGGACACGUAGACUUCUUCAACACUGUGGCAAAGAUGAGACAAGCUAGAACGAUGAUGGUACAAACUCAUGUAAGUAUUUAUUUUAACGAAUAUUUGGCUCAUAAAAUAUUUAACAAGGAGUUCGCUUAUGUAGCUACACUAUUCACAAGGGCUUGGUUAUUGUUGGAAAGCCGUACUAGUUUUUUUUCUGGAUAAGACAUACAUAAUUGAAGUUAAGUAAUUUUAUCUCAAUAGUUCUACACCAAUUUUUUGACAUACUUGAUAAAUAUACAAGUACCAUGUGCAUUGAUAAAGAUCAAUUUUUAAAAAAAUACAUUGAUGAAAACGGAAUUGUUGAAGAUAGAAGUACCCAGUGAACUGAUGAAGAUGGAAGUAUUGAGUCCAUUAAUGGAGAUAGAAAUACCCAGGGUAUUGAUGAAGUUAAAAUUACUGAGUGAAUGGAUAAAGAUAGAAGCACCCAGUAACAUUAUGGAGAUUGAAGUAACUGUGUAGAUGGUGUUAGAAAUAAAAAGUGUAACGCUUAGUUAGAUCCAGUGUAAUGUUGGAAUUAGAAGUAACCUGUGAAUAGAUGGCUCUAGAAGUACCCAGUGUAUAAAAGGAGCUAGAAAACACCCAGUGUAUCAAUAGCGUUAGAAGAAAUCAAUGUACUGUUGGAGUUUUGAAUUACUCUAUUUACUGUUAGAUUUAGAAGUUUUCAGGGUACUGUUGGAGUUGGGAGUACUCAGUGUACUGUUGGAGUUUGAAGCACCCAGUGUAAUGAUGGAGGUAGAAGCUCCCAUUGCAUUGAUUCAGGUAGAAAUAACUCAUCUAUUUAUAAAGAAAGAAGGACCAUGUGCAUUAAUAAAGAGUGAAUUGCCAGGUGCAUUGGGGAGAGUUGGAGCACCUUGUCAGAUUCUCCGUUUUAUUUAGAUUAAAGUUUAAUCCCCCACCCCCUUUUAACAAAAAUAAAAAAUUUGUAUAUUUUGUGCAAUUUUCUUUAGUACGACAAAAUGUACUUAUGUCAAUACAAAAAUAUGUUGAUUUUGUUCCGUAUUCAGGAGCAGUACCAGUUUUUACACAGGGCAGCACUUGUUGCGAUUGCUUGUAUGGGGACUACCAUAACUAAUGCGGAUAUCGAGAAGAGAAUUGCCACUCUGGAAAUGAAUUUUGGAACUGGCAAAUCCCAAUUGGAAAAGGAAUUUGAGGUGACAAAACCAAAUUAAAGAAAUAGGAUACUUGAAAAAAUAAAGUUCUAUGAAUGUUAAUCGAACAGUUAUUUUAGAGACAUUAAAUACAUUUUAAGACGUAUGGAAUUUGCUUUGAUAAGCAGACUCUGGAUUACAAAAAAAUAAAUAUAAUAAUAUAUUUUGAAAGUAACAAUAUCUCCAAAUUUUAUAAACAUAUCAUCUCUUUAAAAAUCAAAGCUUACGCACACAUGAGACAGUUAUAAAAAUUCGUUUUAUAAAAAGAUAGGUAUUUUUUUUAUUGAUUAUCAAAUAUUUAAUGUCAAUUAUUAUUAUUUUUGGUUUACGUCUUACGUGCAAAGAUUCCCAAGGCUUGAUUGUUAAUCUUGACUUGAGCUGAAUUUUGUUUAAAGGGAGGGAGAGUUGCUCAAUUCGUCGGCCUGACUCUCUCCUCAUUGCUAUUUGUUCCAAUGUCAAGGGUGCAAAGGAUGACCGACAGUUUGUUUGUGUCUCACAGGGCACGUAUGCGUCGUCGUAUUUUUCAUUGUGUCAAUGUCAUACCGCCGACGGGACGCCAUCUCAGGGUUUGAUUUCAGAGCGUGCAUUCUCUUAGAUGUGUUGCCAUCCAAGGUUAACGCGUCUCAUCCUGCUAGGGGUUUCUUUGCUUGUCUAGUUAUUUUUUUUUUCCUGUGUUUUGAACUCCAGUCCACAAGUUUAGGACUGUCUCAGUUUAAAACACUCGUUUACCCAGCACCAGAAUAACGUCUUAAUCAACACAUGUUACUUAACGUCAUUUUAAUAGUUGUAAAUUAUUAAUGAUGCAUGUAUUUAACCAUUGAGCACAUUCAUUGGGGUGUAGCAUUCUAUUAUUUAAAGUACUUAAUAAUGUUACAUGUAUGUUGUUCAGGCUGUAUGCACCAUUAGUAAGGAUGUUGGUGGAACAGACUCAGAAAGAGAACAUAACGAUGACGUUAUUUACCAAAACAGUGCCGGAGAUAAGGAAGUUAAAGACAGAUCGUCGUCUGUGAAGCCACGUAUGUUCGACGGAAUAAUUAAAACUUUGAAAACACUUUAAGGUCGCUCUCUCUUAUGAAUUUAAUUUAAAAUAGUAUUUAUAAAUAUCUUAUUAGAUAAUUCCCAAGUGGAUGUUGUCCGUCCUGAGUGCGCAACGUGAUGCGGUCUCAUUCGCUGCUUCCCACGCCGUACGCACAGAAUGCAAACAAAAUAAUAUAUUGGAAGGCAAAUAAAAAAGUUAAUAUGGUUAAACGUAGGGUCCAGUUCAUCACUAGCUGCCGGGAUUAAACAUGGAACCCUUCAAAAAUGUCAUACAUGUCUGUUUUAGAACUAGCAUGAUGUCAGUACAUGUUAAUCUCCUACUAAUAUGGCACCACUAACCCUUUAUACCCAAUGAAAAAAGACAUAAGUACCUGUCAUUUCCCAUUCUUCAUAGAGCCAAUACAACUAAGCAUUAGUGGAUAUAUGGAUCACCAUCUGGAUUAUUAUGAGGGCUAUUACCCCUCGUACAGUAUUUUGCACGCGCAACGUGCCUUUCUUUCUUGAGUUAGUUACAUUUCAUUGCUUCUCAUGGUUCCAAUAUCAAUAGAGUUCGAAAAUAUUAUAAAUAUGUGAUUUGUUUUCUUGUCAGCAGUCACUUUACAAUAGUUCUUUACAAUAAUACAAAAAAAAUGUAAAUAAAAAUAAAAUCCUAUCUAACUGAAUAUCAGUAACAACGUUAAUAAAAUUUAAAAAAAACAAAAAAAAAAAACACCUACUUUCAUCGCAUACAAACGGUGAACUGUACAGAGCUACACUUAAAACUGACACAACAAAUACGGGAGACUACAUCAACGCUGUCUUAGUGCCGGUGAGUCACAUAUUGAUUUAAUAGAGUUAAGACAGAAACAUUAAACGUGAUAUUGAUAUUUGUGAUAGACAUUACUACACAAAUUUAGGAAAAAUAAAAUAAGUAUGCAGCCCUUUAAAUGUAGGCUCACAUCAAUUUUUCCAGAGUUUCACAAAGCCAAACAAUUUCAUCCUAACUCAAAUCCCGCUGACCACAACCGUGGUUGACUUCUGGCGUCUAGUUACCCAAUACGAAGUCAAACUUGUGCUGGCUUUUGAGCUUGACUCCUCCGAUAAUAAAGUAAGUAUAUGCCUUUAUAAAUGGAGGUGCAUUGUUAAGUAAAAAAAAAAAUUUUAAAAAUAAAAAUUAAUUUUAUUACUUUCAGUAUUUCUUCUAAUGAUUUUGUAGCAAAACAGUUUAGUUAUUAAAAAAGGGGAUUGUUUUAAAAAAAACACAAUGUACAUACCUUUGCAGACUUUUGGAAAUUAUCUACCUUUAAACCACCACGAAGCACUUGAAUUACAGCAAUUCAUAAUAGAGACUGACGAAUCUGAUGGAAAGGGGUUUUAUGAAGAACAACGCGUCACAGUGAAAAGGAAAAAGGAUAAAAACAUCAAAAUGUUUAAUGUAAGUUUAAUAUGACAUAGAUUACAACAGCAUCUCAUUGAAUCUAUGUGUUCAAUUUUUUUAACAUUGACUUGAUCAUUUUUUUAUGCGACACAAACUUUGUACAAUCUGUAAGUGGUGUUACCUUCGCUUUUCUUCCCUUCUUCCGAUUCUAGAAAAACAGUUUUCAUACUUUAAUCCAUUUGAAAUGCAGUAUAAGGGAUUAUGACCUAAGGAAUCUUCUGACAGUAAUCACACAGGCAAGGGGGAUAAUUGCAAAACAAAAAGGAAGGGUUGUCUUCGUUUGCAGGUGA